CUUCCCUAUGGAGGCCGCGUGGGGGCGUGACACCUUACCGGCCACACCGCUAUGAUUCAAAGACUGGGUCCAAGAGUCCCAGCCGUGCCGCGUUUCCUACUCCAGGGACGCCGCGUGGAAGCGCCGCGCCUUCUUUACGACGCUUUGACUCACGACUCCUGAGGCGGGAGGAGGGAGGAGGGGGGAGAGCGAGGAGGGGGGAGGGAGGAGGGAGAAGGCAAGAGGAGGGAUGAGGGGGGAGGAGGGCUUCCGUCGAGCCCCUUGCAAGAGCGCGCCUUGGCUGGCGAGCGCACUGGCUCUGAGUCUGACGAGUCCUAAAGCCGCCAGCCUUCGUGGGGAAAGGAGGGAAAGGAGGGAGGACAUGGCGCCCUCGCGGCAGAGUGCGCCGUCGGCGCGUCUUCUCACCCGCCCCCAUCGGUCACCUAGGCAAGUGGUGGCGGUCCGCUCGGCGCGGGCCGAAGAGGAGGAUGAGGAGGAGGAGGAGGAGGAAGAGGAGGAGAGAAGGGGCGGAGGAAGAGGAUGUAGCUUAUCGCAAGGGCCUACAGCGCAGGACCCGUGCCUCUCCUUCUGAAAGGCCGCGCCGCCAUACUCGAAUAACCAUUGCUGCCUGGUCUGGCAGCUUUGUUCUCCGACGGAGGCACGCGAACAACAAUUACGAAUUCACCGUCGAAAUUGACGGACAUGUUUUGUGCAAACCAGCCAAUGGCCGAUCGAAUGCCCUCUAGCAAGCGAGAAAACAUACGCCUUGAUCUGCGUAGAAUGUGGUAUCCAUCCGAUACGAGGCUGCGGACAAGGGGGGGGCGCUCCAAACCAGCGCCAAAUCAGACAGAACGCUGAACUGAAGCGUGUCUUACCUCCUUCCUGCUCUGCUGCUGCACUGGCACGGUGGCGUGGUUUGCUACAGGCAGCUGGUAAAUCGUUUAAGCCGUGCUACUCUACGUUUGCACGUGCGCUGUAUCAGCAAAAGGCGGUUCAGAAAUCCGCUGCCAGAACGACGACAGACUCGUGCCUAGACGGCGCAUCAGUUGCAGACGGCGUGUGUAAGAAAUCAGUACAACAACAAGUAGCAAUACCUCAACGCUGCCAUCUUCAAGUCUUGCCGAUUCAAAAAGACUUGUCAAUCUAUUUGCAGGGCGGCCUUUCCUAGGCCGCCGCACAGAUAACAUUGUACGACGAACGAGGGCGCAUGCCUUCUGGGAACCCACGGUGACCUAAGACGCCCUCUGCGGAGUUUGCCCUGCCUCGAAAGUCGCGACCUCCCGUGUAAUCCAACUGGCAAUAAGUGGGAUCACACUCACACUGGCCAUGCCGUUAGCUGCCGCACUGGCCAUUCGCAGCAGCCGCAUUUUCCAAUCUGCACGCGGCCCACCUGCUUGCUUCACGUAUGCCUCAGCAUCUGGCCAGAGAGGUCCAGGACAAAAAGGAAAACUAUGCCAAACGCGCCCAUGCCCCAGUACAAGGGGCUUACGCAGAGAAACAAAAACAGCACAAAGACCAACUUUAAGAGAUCCACGCGAAUUUCUUGGGUCGCCGCUGGACCCCCCGCUGCCUGGGAUGGCGACCGAGUCGCCGCAAGGGGUGGCAUGGAGGAUGUUCCAUCGCCGAUCCCAGAAAUCAGCGCGGACGUCCGAAAACUUAUCCUUACGCCGAGUUUCGGCUCUCGAGGAUGCCGAGGACGUCAAAUCCUCGCCGCCCUGCGCGAGCGCGCCGGCGGCCUCAGCGCCGUGCGUGGCAGCAGCGAGCGCGCCGGCCGCCGCCAGCGCGCCGCCGGGCGGGGCGGGGGCCCACGGCGCAGGCACGAAGGCGCGGGCGCCGCGGCGGGCGGCGCAGGCCAGGAUCGCGAGCACGCAGGCGGUGGCGAGGGCGGAGCGGGCCAUCUGUCGGCGGGGCCCUCGGCGGGUUGGAUGUCCAGGGAGGUGGGGCAGGCACGUGGCCAAGCGGCGCGCGAGCCCAAACAGCGCGAACCGAAACGACU